ACCCGUAAUACAUUCUUUCCAAUGAAUGCUUUUAAAAACAAGCUGAAAAUCUAGUCACCUCUGGCAGCCUUUCCCAUCAAAUUGACAGACCAACCGGCUUCGACCGAACCCUCCCCCCCAAAAAAUCUCGCAGAGAUGCACAUGAAAAUGCAACUCUCACCACGCGAGAAGGCGGCUAGUACAUGGUGUAGCAGUAGUAGCAGCACACCCAUCCCUCCAGCAUCAAUAUCGACAAUUUGGGGGAUCCUGAUCCUACUGCUACCUCUACGUGGAACACUAACCAUUCAGCUACACGCAAAACCAUCUGUCAGCUCCAUGACAUUCAAUGGCCCGAGCAAGAUCCAGUGCCACCCCGACUUUUCAAUAGUCUUGUCUAUUCUCACCCUUUUCAACCAACAACAAAAACCCUCCAAUUGCCCAUUUUUUUCCCCAGACUCCAGCCGUCAAAUGUCAAAACAUGCCACGCCCCCCCUCCUCCUCCGCACAAAAAAUAAAACCCUCAAUCAUCAUCUCUAAAUCUCAGAUCCGACUUUUUAUCGUAUCCCCUGUAACAUCGCUGCAAUAUAUGGAAACUACUGUAUCUCCGCACGUCAAAGCAUGG